CGAUCGGCCAUCACUGCAUCAAACACACGACACUCGACCUCGCCGUCCACGCCGCCCACAACACCGCCACCAGACUUUGCAACGAUGGCGGACAAGAUGGAAGUCGAUGCCGUCAACGGUGAGAAGCAGCAGGAGAGCACCGGCCCAGCGCCAGACCUCACGCCAGAGCGCAUCAUUCAGAACAACCUCAAGUUCAUCAACCAGGCCGUCGAGACCUUUGAUUCACGAUUCACACUACGAGCGCUCCGAAGCAUAUCGACCCUUCGCAAAUCACCCAACUUCGCUGAGGCUAUCGUGCUGGGCAUCCGAACCGCAUACCCCAAGCCAUCGCGGCCGCGUCAAAUAUUGGAAGAGCUACUCCCCAAGAAUGUGCAAGUUGCGCAAAAUGGAUCGUCCGGGAAAGAGAAGGAGGCGGCAGAACAGCACGUACAUCAAGAGGUGUGGGCGUAUCUAGGCGUCUUGGUGCAGGUGUACCUGUAUGACAACGGCGAGUUCCAAAAAGGCGCGGACUUCAGUGACAACUUCGUCGAUAAGAUUCGGGAGUGGAACCGCCGAAGUCUCGAUCAGAUCGGCGCAAAGGCAUACCACUACUACUCGUUAUUCUUCGAGGAGCUCAAUCCAAAGCCUCCCUCAAAGCAAGCAAAGGUGAUCGAGCUCCGACCGACCCUUCUGGCAGCUCUUCGAUCAGCAGUCAUCCGCAAGGAUGAGGAUACACAAGCCGCGGUGACUGUGCUCCUUCUACGGAACUAUAUUAGCACAGCGGACAUCACUCAGGCGGACCUCCUGGUCGCUCAGACCCAAUUCCCGCAAUCGGCGUCGAACAACCAGGUCUGCCGAUACCUCUACUACCUCGGCCGCAUUCGAGCAAUCCAACUCGCAUACACGCAGGCUCAUGAGAACCUCGAGUCGGCUACACGGAAGUCGCCUACCACCGGACCAGCUGUUGGAUUCUAUCAGCAGUCUAUGAAACUCCUGAUUGUUGUCGAACUGUUGAUGGGUGACAUUCCAGAGCGAUCUCUCUUCCGCCAACCGACCCUCGAAGCCGCCCUCUACCCCUACCUCAAGCUGGUGCAGGCAGUUCGCGUUGGUGACCUGCAGGCUUUUCUGAAGUGUGUCAACCUGAACGAGGCGCAAUUCCGCAAAGACGGCACCUACACUCUCAUCCUCCGACUUCGCCAGAAUGUCAUCAAGACCGGCGUCCGCAUGCUGUCCCUCUCCUACUCCCGGAUUUCUCUCCGCGAUAUUUGCACGCGUCUCGGCGUCGAGAGUGAAGAGUCGGCUGAGUACAUCACCGCAAAGGCGAUCCGAGAUGGUGUCAUAGAAGCCAGUCUGGACCAUCAGAAUGGACACAUGGUGACUGUCCCACAAAAGGACGCGUACAGCACAACGGAGCCAAGCGAGGCUUUCCAUGCCAGAAUCAGCGCUUUGUUGGGUAUGAGAGAUGAGUGCGUUAUGGCUAUGAGAUACCCGAUGAACAAGCAUCGCCAGGAGAUCGCCGAGGCUGCAAAGGCUCGGGAUCGCGAGCGAGAGCUGGCUAAGGAGAUCACGGAGGGCGACAUGGAUGAGGAAGAAACCGAUGGUGGCUUUGAUGGCAUGUGAGAGACGCCCUUGAGAUGACUAGUCGUCGUCGUCAAAGCCAAAGUGGACUGCAUUCAGCCAGCGGCUUGUGUAUAAUAUGCAUCAUCGAUAGAGCUGCGAGCACGAACGACUUUCUACGACUGGCUGAGCAAUACCGCGGCCUGUCAGAGC